AAUAAAACACGAAGGAAACGGUCCCCGGGAGCAGCAGUGAGUCCGCUCGAGGACGAGCCAGUCAGUCGGCGUGAACCCCGUGGAAGUGGUCCCCCCCUUUCCCCCCGUCACAUUCCGUUCCACCACGAUGUCCGAACCCGCUUUCCAGACGGAAUGGGAGGAAAUCGAAAAGGAAUACCAACAAUUACAGGAAACCCAUAAAAUCUACAGACACAAGCUGGAGGAGCUCACCAAUCUUCAGGCGACGUGCAGCAGCUCCAUCAGCAAACAGAGGAAACGCCUGAAAGACCUGAGGCUCAGCUUGAAAAAGUGUGCGCAGACGUGCGACGAAAAACAGCUCAAACUAAUAACAGACAUCAAAUCCCAGAUCAAAGAGAAAGAGAACGUUUUCUUUGAUAUGGAGGCCUAUUUGCCAAAGAAGAAUGGGUUGUACCUGAGUUUGGUCCUGGGCAACGUGAACGUGACGCUUCUCAGUAAUCAGGCAAAAUUUGCCUACAAAGACGAGUAUGAGAAGUUCAAGCUUUAUAUGACAAUAAUCCUGCUGUUUGGAGCCAUAACCUGCCUCUUUUUUCUUAACUACCGAGUCACAGAUGAAAUCUUCAACUUUUUGCUGGUCUGGUACUACUGUACGCUGACCAUAAGGGAAAGCAUCCUCAUCAGCAAUGGUUCCAGGAUUAAAGGCUGGUGGGUGUCUCACCAUUAUGUGUCCACGUUUCUGUCCGGUGUCAUGCUUACCUGGCCUGAGGGACAAAUGUAUCAGAUGUUUCGAAGCCAGUUCCUCGCCUUCUCCAUUUAUCAGAGCUUUCUUCAGUUCCUCCAGUACUACUACCAGAGCGGCUGCUUAUACAGACUGCGCGCUUUGGGAGAGAGGAAUCAGCUUGACCUCACAGUGGAGGGAUUUCAGUCGUGGAUGUGGAGAGGGCUCACGUUCCUCUUGCCCUUCCUGUUUUUUGGCCACUUUUGGCAGCUGUACAACUCUGUGACCCUGUUUCGCUUGGCGAGACAUGACGACUGUAGGGAGUGGCAGAUAUUUAUGCUGGCAUUGACGUUUCUCGUCCUCUUCCUGGGAAACUUCCUCACAACACUGAAAGUCGUCCACCAAAAAGUUCAAAAGAAGGAAAAGGACAUCUAAAAAACAAAAAAAAAAAAAAAAAUUAUUAUAAUAACUGAGAAUAAGUCGGUGAAACUUUUCUGACCCUUCAAAAGACCAGUAAUCAUGAGUCAAAACGCGCACAACCGGCUAACGGACUGACCCUAUAACGAUCAGGCUGAGAGGGGGACAGAGCUGAGACGUCUCUCAGGCUUCGAUGGCAGCGUCUGCAGCUUCCAGCCAAAGCGUCCAGCUGCCGGGUUCUUACUUCACAGCGACUCCAUGUUGCCGUGGAUCAGCGCGGACGAUCACCAAACGGGAUGAGUGGUAGCUUGGCUUUAUUCUGCGUGUGUGUAUAUAAAUAUAUAUAUAUAUUGUGGAAGGAAUGCGUUUGUAUGGAUUUGUGCGCGAGUUUUUCGGAGCGUCUUUGCUCAGAUCGUUAUGCAAGGACGGGUAGCAGAACAGAACAAAGUUUGCCUUUCAACACUUGAACGUCUGCCACGUGUGUACUUCUGUGAAGUAGUAAUGGUUAAACUGGCGCUGGCUCAUAUUCUCUUUGGCACCUCAGUCAUUGAACUUUUUUUUUUUUUUUUUUU